AUGGCGUCAGCUUUCGCUUUCCUGCCGCCUGUCCAGGGAGAUCUCCCGCACUACGUCUCACCGGCUCGCUCCUUCACGUGGGCACCGGCAGAGCCCUCGGGGACCAACACCGAAUCUACGCACUCGCGGCUUCGCCACCCAGUCGAUCAAGUCCUGGGGCCACUCACCGUCGGCAGCUCCACGACCACGCUAUCAACCAAUAUCAUCGCUUACUUCAGCGAUGCUGGCAAAGCUUCGAUCCGCAGCCAGUGCCUGACAAUCGUCCCGUACAGCCCACCAGCAAUGCCGCAACAAGAGCUGAAUCUCGCGCUCGUCGGCCCCGUCGUCGCUCCACACGUCCACAAGGCCACAUUGAUGACCACUUUUCUGGCCGAUCUCACUGCUCCGUUGACUUAUCACAGCUUGUCUGUUGUCGUAUAUGACGACCAGCCUGCCACGCGUUCAAAGCCAUCCAAUGUGGCACCCUCUGUAGCCUCGACCGCAGAGCUGUGCGUGAGAGUUCUCACGAACCUGGCGGCAAACUAUUCGCUGAUUGCCACGGCCGUCCUCCGCGAGCCACACGAUGGCCUUCGUACCAAUGCCACAGCUACUGCCAAUGUCGGCGACGCCGACACCAACCAACACAAGGUACACGAGUCCACCCAAGGCGCCACCCGAGAAGUCACUCGAGCUCGUUGUCCUGCACUCUCCAAUCAACUCAGGAUCCAGCGCGUACAGCCACGCGUGUGUGACUUCCAGCGGGCAUCGAAACGCAAGGCCACGGCGGUCGACGCCAAGGAUCGCCACGCACCAACCUCUGCAUCAACACCAGUCCCGUCCAACAAGAACGUGGCGUCCAGGCUGUUCAGCUAUCUCAAGGACGCAACGUAUCUUGGACACCGAGCCGAGUCCAAGACGCGACGUUGUCAAGCAAGUGCUACCUCCAAUCAGCGCAGGUGGCUCUGA